AUGGACGACUUCCUGGCCGCCGUUGGCGUGCAAGCCAUGAGAUACGCCAUUAGAUCCGGCAUCGCCUUGACCUCGUCGUAUGCCAUCAGCCAGUGCUCUCGCCUGCUAAAGGCCGUCGACGACAAGAGCCUCCAUGCCGAGCUGAGGACGUUGCAGAAACACCUCGAUAGCAAGAUCAAGGUCAUUUCUCCUGCGAUUGACCUGGUGGAGUUCAAAUCCGGACGAGGAAACGUCUUUCUUGAGUCUGCCCUCCCUCUCGCUAAAUCUCUCCAUCAGCAGAUCGUCUCGCUGGGUCGUCGUGUGGAAGCUGCUGCCGCUGUCGAGGAGCAUAGCCACCGCUCAGGGGUCAGUCCACCAACCGCAGCAGCCAGCCACGAGGCGUUGAAGAAGGUGAUUCAAGACUUGAAGGAUCUGCUGGGCGAAAUUGAUCGGGAUAUCCCUCUCUUGCAACUGGCUAUAUCGGCAUCUGGUGAGAGCCUGUCUACUUCUCUCCCUGCUGGUAUAUCUCCUUCUCGGCUGCUUCAGGCCAGUACUCUCUUGAUUGUCGGCGAUACGCAGUUCGCACAAGACCCCAGUAGAUCGGUCCAAAUUGGGCCUUCAUUCACGCUGUCCGUCUACAUGCUGUUUCUAGGACAUGCCUCUGUGUCGUCUGCCCCCCAAGACGGGCAAAUGCAGCCAGGAGCUGGAAGCAAACAUCAACAGACGCUCUCCAAAAGUGCAGAUGCAAAGACACAAAGACCAGCCUAUGGACUGGGAGUGCAGGAUAGAAAGCCUUUGUGGCAAGAGGCAAUCCAUAAGGCGCGAGUACGUCUAUGUAGAUCAGCAUGCAGCCCAGCCAUCGAGGGAAUCCCUUCCAACGGGGAUACUCACAGUAAAGUUGAGCCUGAUGGACCACUGAAGUAUGCCUAUCACCUCGAACUCGUCGAAGACUUGGACGACGGGCGUGCUCAUGAAGGGGAUGCCUCUUCGCAGCCGUUCAACGGCGUUGCAAAAGCCGGCAUUCGAGAACUGAUUCCGAUCCAUCAGCUCUCCAAGAUAUUCUACACCGACACUGGCAGAAUACUCAACGUUGGAGACGGAACCGAAGGAGAAAACAAUCCGGUUCUGCUGCUGAAGCGAGAUAUCAACGCACCUCGACUGCGAAGGCCAGAAUACGACAUGCUUGGCGAGAUGCACAGAGCCGCCAGCGAUCCUACGCAACAAGAAGCCAACGAAGACGAGCAAGCCGACGUGGAUCGGCAGUUGUUUGGAGAGUCCAGCGGCUCCAAGGUCGCUGGGGACAGCUGCGAUACUUGUCUUCCAAAACACCUCGAUCCUGAGUGGAUCGCUUUCGAAGUUUUCGAAGAGGAUGAUGAUGAGCGGAGUGAUGCGAGCUCAAACGCAGGUCCUGAUACGGAAUCAUCCGACGAGACUCAGGAGCGUGGCAAUUCGCCAGCAAAGUCACCGUCGCGUCUCCGUGCGGCCAUGGACUCGAGCUUGGUCUCCCAGAUCAAGAACCUCUCUGUACAGCCGACUUCACGGAGUGACCUCACGCUGAGCAAUUCGGACUGUAAACUUGAUCGCCCUUCACGAGCUUUAGCAAAGGAUUCGGCAAGGGAGGCGCAGGAUUUCGUGUCGCGGUCUCCCUUCGGGGCCAUCACGACGUCUCUCUCCCUGAUCGAAAUGCUGAUUCGGCUGGCCGGACUUCAAGAGUUCCAGCAGGCUUCCCACUUGUCGAUUCCGGACCACAUCUUGACAUUUUUCUUGGAAGAGACAUCGACAACGGGGUUGACCGGGGAGGCGAUGUGGAAGGCGAGGAGCGAGACGAAGCAGCGCGUUGGGUUUGACCCAUAUACCGACACGGCAUGA